CCACAGAUAUGAACUGCACAUACUGCAUGUAUAGUCACUCCUCCAUAAGUCCGACGGUGCUCCACCCUCUCCAUCGCAGUCCUCUCUCCAUCCGUUCCUGUCCCACGAGUGGAGGGGAUUUCAGCACCGGGACAGAUCCUCCACCGACUCCGUCAUGGCGACAGAGUUCCACAACCUUCGAGAGUUGCGUCACAGUGCAUCUCUGGCCACCAAGGUCUUCGUUCAGAGAGACUACAGCGACGGUACCAUCUGCAAAUUCCAAACAAAGUUUCCAGCAGAGCUGGACAGCAGAAUCGAAAGGAGCUUGUUUGAAGAAACGAUAAAAACGCUGAACUGCUUUUACGCCGAGGCUGAGAAGAUCAGCGGUCAGUCGUAUUUCGAGGGCUGUCUGGCUUGUGCUACGGCCUACAUCAUUUUCCUGUGCAUGGAGACACGCUAUGAAAAGAUCCUGAAGAAGGUCAGCAUGUAUGUUCAGGAGCAGAACGAGAAGAUCUAUGCACCCAGAGGUUUGCUUCUGACAGAUCCCAUUGAGAGAGGCAUGAGAGUGAUCGAGAUCUCCAUUUUCGAGGACAGCAGUUCCAGCAGUUCCAGCUCCACCGGAACCUCUCCGUCCAGCACGGCACAAUGACUGGAGGAGCAGCACCAGGGGUACGGGUACAGUGGGGCCAGUACAUUACCCAAAAUACGCAUGUUGAAACAUGAGAGCACCAGAUUUUAAGAAAGAGAAAGUAUAGCUUACUUCCUCCUUUCAAACAACUGCAAAGCCAUAAGCUUUAACACAACCCUCCUCACCACAUCAUUCUCUAUUUCUCAUCCCUCUCUGCAUUUUCAUUAGUUGUUUUUGCACUGCUUUGUCAAAUGCUCAAAGAUGGAUGAUGUGUGGACCGUGUGUCACCAGUCUCCUGUAAAAUCCAGUUUAAGAAAGUGUGGUGUUUUUACUGCAGUCUCAUUCUGUAGCUAAUCUGUAGAUGAUUUUUUAUGUUAAAAUAUAAUUUAAUGAUAGCAAAUAGACACUAGAUUCAUAUAAAUAAAAGUUGUUCCUACCAGAGCAAACUGCAGGAGAUAAAAAAACACAAUAGAAAUUUGAUUUCCAUUAAAAUACCAUUAGCUAUUUCCAUUAAAACCAUUACAAAAUUUCUUUCAAGUUUUAUUUGGGCAUUAUUCCAUUAGGAAUUAAUGGUGUUUUAUUGGUUCCUGUCUGCCAGAUAAUAUGCCACCAAAUAGACACCAUUAUAGUUUUCAUUAAAUCCAAUGCAAUUCCCAUUAUAACCUUUAUUACAUAAAAUACGAAUUCUUUUCUCUAAAAAUAAUUUUUUUCUCUAAAAAUUUCAGACUUUCUGUAAUUUGACCAUAUUUCAAAGGUAGACUGUUAAAAAUUCUGUAAAAAACUAACUUUUCUGGCAGCUGGGAAAUCAGGAAUAUACUGUAAAAAUGUUUUUCCAUGUGAAAUUACAUGUUUUUCCUGUUUCUCUUGUAAAUUUGCUGACUUUUUCUGUAACUGGAUGGUAAUUUGUAAUUUGACGAUUUCAAAAAUCUGUGAAAAAUCUGUAAAAAAAAAACAGGAAAGUAAAAUUAAAGCUUUUGUAUAUUGUACAUGAAAAUCCAAAAAAAAAGUAAAAUUCUUAAAAAACUUUUUUACUGUUUAUAUUUUCUAUUGUGUUUACUCAAUCAAAGCUGCCUGUUCAGAAGACAGUGUUAGAGGCCGGAAACAUUCAUAUUUUUCACUCCAUCUAUAACAAUUUUACACCUGUACUAGCUUUUUUAUUUCCCCAUGGCACUCUGCCACUUUGCCCGGUCCAUAAUCCAUCUUUGCCCAUACAUUUGAUUUGAAUCGUAUUUUAUUUAAACAGUGACUGAGCUCUCAGUUCAUCCCUGUGACUUUAAAGUCCAGACUUCACUGACAGUCUUGCCUCUGUUUGUUCCACCCAUGUUUAGUGUUAUGAACAAAACGCCCAACAAAGCUCUUAGAAAUGGAAACAGCAGCUCUUUUAGAAACAUCUAAAUUUUUUACGAUAAUAUCUACCUCCAGUGUGUGCUUAUGCUGGAAGCCGAGGAAGCUAGCGUGGAGGUCAGCAAUGGAAAUGAUCCUUAGAUAGAGUUUAUUUUGACUGAUCGGGUUCAGAGAAGAUUGACUCACCAGCUGUUCAGAACGGGCAGAGAGAUUUUUCUUCAGUGUUCUUGCUGGUUUCUCAGAGGUAAUGAAUGCAGGAAUGCUCUGUUAAUGUUCUCCUGCAGGACAGCCGUUUCCAUAAUCGGGAAUAAUGAGUUCGCUUAAAUCAGUGAGUUUGUCAAAUAAACAAAAACUGUAGCGUUUUUUUACUGAGGAUGAUAUAAAGCAAAGAUGUGGUUUAACAUUCAGUAUCGGGAAGAACAUAGACUUGAAUAAAUCGCCAGAUUCAACACUAAAAUGAAUAUUUUAGGGGGCGGUCAAAUGUUUGUGGUGCUUAAAUUAUUUAUGGCAUGUUCAAGCAGUUUAUUUAUAAAGCACUUAAAAACAACAAUCGUUGUACCAAAGUGCUGUAAAGGGUAUAGGCAUAAUUUAUGAUAAAGAAUAAAAACACAUAAUAGUUAAAAAAGAUGAAAAAAUAAAUACUGAACUACAGGUUGCGUUUGUCUAAUUUUAGAAUACUUUUAUGCUGCCAUUUGUGCUUUUCAGUACUGAAGUUGUCCACAUUUAUUUCGUUUUAAAGUCCGUUUACAUCUUGUCUUUGAUAAAAAAGCACUUGGGUGAACUAUUUAUACAUUUAGAGAGGAUAGAGUUUUCUAUUUAAAAGCACAUUGUUCUCAUUUUAAUAAAGCAUCCUCGAGACCACCUUAACUACAUUUGCAUCUUAAGUUUAUUACUUCACUUCUCCACUUCAUUAUUUGGUGUCAUUCUUUCCCAUUUUAUUUUGAGUUUUCCACCUGGAUAAACUAAACACCCUUGAGCUUCAGGUCUGCUCUCACAGGGACUAGUCUGAUCUUUAGUACUGUAGCAGACUUACAGAUUCCAUGUCUGUUGCCUUCGUGUUUCACUGCUGUGGAGAUACCCACCCUGGCGCUGAUCCAUCACGACUGUGGACUGCCAGAGAGACGUCUGUAAAUUGUACAUGACUUGCACUAAUAAUGCAUGAGGGUCUGGCAGUGGACUCGUGGUUUGGUAGUGUGAGUGAGUGAGUGAGUGAGUGAAUGAAUGGAAACUAUACAGGUCUGCAGUUCGAGAUAUGAUUAUGCACAAUCAUUAUAUUGUGGCUGAAAAUGGGUUCUAAUUUUGACUCUCGUGAUGGAGUGCGAGGGGCAUUUAUUUACAAUACAACAUUUAGGGUUUGAAAGGCCCCUGGGCUGUUUCAUACAAAUCAGUAAAACAUGACACAAAAAUGUAAGUUCCAUUAAAAAGACAUACAUUACCAUGUGUUUAUAUGGACAAGCCUGCUAUUUUUGUCAGGUCAUACAUAAUUCAUAUGGAGUGUCGGGCAGAGAGCGGAUGAUGUGUGCCAUGCCUCGCGUUUUCCAGAAUAUUCACUUUUCAUUUAUAUCAAACACUAGAGCAUGCACGUGCGUGUGAGACGGAAACUGUCAAAUGUCUGCAAAUGAAAAUUUACAUGUUAUAAAAAAUACUUUGAUAUGGUCAAAUCCUUGUACUAUACUACUUUUGUAUUUAAUAAUAAAUUGUUUUCAUGUACAUUAAGAAAA